AUGGCCUCGUCCUCCAUCAUCAAAGAGCUCCCGUAUCAACAUCUUGACCCAGCAUCAGAGCCCGACAAUCCCGCUGCCAUGCUCUGGUCGGCAAGGUCUUCCACCUCGUUGACAUCCCAGGGUCGAGCGGUAGUAGAAGGCAUUCGGCUGUUUGUGGCCCUCACCCUGGCGUUGACGAUAGGUUGGGUCGCCGGCCAAAGGCUCUCCAUCGCCUCGUCUCAAGAUGGACUCCUUUUACCCCCCGGCACAAUCCAAACGGUCUGGUCGCAUAACUACACGUUCUCGCAACGCCCGAACCCAGAGUCGGAAGAGGCGUGGAGAUCCCUUAUUCCAGUCGGUCGUGGCUUUGUGCAUCAUCUUGAGCUCGCGCCAUUCAUUUCCAGUAUUUCCGUCUUUCAUCAACUGCACUGCUUGCACGCAAUCGUGGUCUCAUACCACCGCGCCAUGGAGGACGUCCAGAUCGCGAAAGGCCAACUCGUCGAGGACGACUACCUCAACCGUACUGGUACACGCAUGGGCCCAUCGCAUAUUCAGCACUGCUUCGAAUACCUUCGCCAGGCGCUAAUAUGCGCAGCCGACACAAAUUUGGAAGAGCUGGAUCCGGACACGCGCGUGACGACUGGCUGGGGGCAGGUUCGCCAGUGUCGAGACUAUGCGAGCGUCGUGGCGUGGGCAGAGAAGUGGGCCAAUUCGUCCGAGAGGGAUAUUCUGAGCUGA